AUGGAUAGGAGAGAGAGCGGGGAGAUGGAUGAGGAGGUGCUGGAUAUGCAAAAAGAGAUGGCAAAAGAGACGGGCGAUGGACAAGUAUACUUUCCAGAAGGUGGACAUCGAGCUUGGUUGAUGAUAGCAGGAUCAUGGUGUUGCUCCUUCAUCACAUUCGGACUUGCCAACUCCUUUGGCAUCUAUCAAGAGUACUACGCUCGACACUUCCUACCGGACAAGAGCUCGAGUCAGAUUGCGUGGAUUGGCGCAUUUCAGUACGCCGGAAUCUUUUCGUCUGGCAUCUUUGCCGGCAGAGCUUUUGAUGUUGGAUUGUACAGACCCUUGUUGACUAUCGGCAUGGUCAUCCUCAUCCUUUCGCAAUUCUUGCUCUCCCUAUGCCAAGAGUACUACCAAUUCUUUUUGGCUCAAGGUGUGGGAUUAGGACUUGGAUUCGGAAUCGUAUUCAACCUUUCGGUGGCUGUGCCGAGCCACUGGUUCUCGAAGAGAAGAGCUACUGCUAUGGGCAUUCUGGCAAGCGGCUCGUCAGCAGGUGGCAUAUGUCUACCCAUCAUGCUGACCAAACUGCAAGAUCCUUCGUCCAUCGGCUACGCCUGGGCUCAAAGAGUCGUCGGCUUCCUCGCCUUGGCCCUGCUCCUCUUUGCCUGGUUCACCAUGCCUACCCGUCUACCUCCCACACAAUCCUACAAAAACGGCGGAUGGAGGCACAUUUCCUUUUUCGAAUUGCAGCAUUUCAGACAACCAGCUUACGCUUGCUUUGUGCUCGGAGCUAUGCUCAUCUUGUUCGGCCUCUACACCCCAUUCACUUAUAUGGACGUCGCUACUCAGACGUACGACAUUCCUGCAAGCGGCUAUUGGCUCUCGGUGCUCAACGCUGGAAGCGUCUUUGGACGCGUGCUACCUGGAUUCGUGGCGGAUAGGUUCGGACGGAUGAAUACGGUCUUGCCUCACUUGAUCCUGUCGUCCAUCCGUGCGUAUGACGAGGCCGCGUCAAGUCUCGCAUUGCUGCAUGAGCUCAAAGCUUUUCUCCUUUCCCUUGCAUUCCGCUCACCUCGCUUCCUCUUCACGUCGCAGUCGUCUUUGUCUUUCCCCUCGCCAUCAAAUCCCUGGCUGGUCUGAUCCCCUUUGCAAUCCUCUACGGAUACUCUUCCGGCUGUUACGUUUCGCUGAUCCCCUCGGCCAUAGGUCAACUAGGAUCGACCAGCACCUUUGGAACAAGAUUAGGCAUGUGCUUCUUUGUUUGCAGCUUGGGAGGAUUGUUCGGUACGCCGGCUAGUGGAGCUCUUCUUGGAUCUGCUGCUCCUUUUGAUUGGUGGGCUUCUGCAGGCUUUGCUGGUGCUUGCGUCACUGCUGGCACAUUGCUCAUGAUUGCUAGUAGGACUCUUGCGCUCAAAGGAAGGACAAGGGGAAGGAUAUGA